AUGGGGUUCCCGGCGCGGCGUGCCCUCAGCCCCCGACGCCGCGUCUCCGCCCGUACAGCCCCGCCGGGCGCCCUGCGCUACUCACGGCGUGGAGCGGAGCGGUUCCAGCGCCCGUCCGUGCUCCCGGGGACUCCUUGGAACCGGCGGCACCGGCAGCGCCUUCCGCUUCCCGGCAAGGGUACCACCUUGAGGCUUGAUGCCUUUAUUUAGUCACUGGAAAAGGACACAGACUGCCAUAAAUGUGAGACUGAGAAUUUGUUGAAGGCAUUAAGAAACACAUUCUCAAGUCCUAAGUACAUCUCUACUUGUGGCAAUAAAAAAUCAUCCAUCCAGGGAGUGGUUUCUGAUCCAGAAGUCUUGAAAAUAUUGAGAGAAUGUGAAGAACUUGAGUCAACAUGGAAAAUAAAUUAAUGUCAGGCAGAAAUUCAUGGUAGCUUUAAAGUUUUAGCAGCUGAGACAGACAAAAUUCUCAGUGUUUAUGAACAGGCACAGGAGGAGAUUUCCCAGCUUUGUCAGGAAGUUAUAAAAUCCCCCAGGACUCCUAAAAGCAUCACUCCUGUGACAGCUCAAGCUGUAUUAAGACACAUGGAGCCAGAAAGGAAUACAGCACUGUCAGAUUGCCAAAGGAUGCCUACAGAACAUGCUAGCCUCAGGGAGCAGUUACAGAUUUCCCAAGAAACUCCUUUUAAUGAAAGGGCUCAUUUGGAACAGAGAAUUGAAGAGCUUUAAACUAUUAUUCACAAUUUAGAUAGUGAACAGUUGAUGUCUAAUGUGGCACUGAUGAAAGACACCAUUGAUUCUCUGGAAACUGAGAUGAAAAGAUUGACAAGAAGACUGGAUUCUGACACUGUGAGUUGACAGGAAGCUGAAUAUGCUUCUCUUAGUUUAUUGAAUGAAAAGACAGAACUGAGUGUUUCAGAGAUUCAUUGAAGUCUUGUGAAAAAAAAACUUGAAAUGCAACUUAGCCAAGAGAAAAUGAUUGCCCUCCUGGAAAAGGUACUAUAUAAAAAACUAGCAAAGUACCAAACUGAGCUUGAUGAUAUGAAGUUGAAAGCCCAGAGUUCAAACAGAGAUAUUUUCAGGAUGAAGCAUGUGCUGAAGUCUAAAAUGAAGAGAACUGUGAGCUCUUAUCACAAAGCCUGUGAUCAAGGAGAAAGUUGGGAAGCAAAAUGCCAUGAAGCAGAAACAGGCUUUUCCUGUUAGACUGGCAGAUCAGUGCAGUCUGAGAGCCACAGUUGGAAAGGGAAAAUAGAGUCCCUUGAAACACAGAUGGAGCAACUGCAGAGCAAGUGUGAAUCAAACCAUUCUGAAACAGAACUGCUGAGAAAACAACUGGGAAAUGAAAAAGCAUCUAUGAAAAACCUGGAAUCUUCUCUUGUGUCCAGUUGUGAGAAGGAUUUUCAGUCACAGAGAGCAAACCAAGAGAAAGUCUCUGAAAUUCAGGUUCACAAGGAACAGCUUGCUUUAGUAGAAAAUAAUCUUGCUGUGCAGAAUCAAGAUUUUACUCACCUCAGAAACAGAGCAGCUCAGUUAGAGUCAGAACUGGAUAUCACCAAAACACAGCUGGGGACUGAACACUCUGAUAGUAAGGAUGAAGGAUCUGAAAAGGACAUCUCUGGGAAGAUCAUCUUCUUCAUGGGAAGAAAUUAA